AUGACGUCGACACAACAGCUAGCUCCCUCCCCCUCCCCUUCCCUAAACACUCAUCAGAAAGGGUUGACCGGGAUGAGAUCAUCUAAGUUUCUAUCGGCACGACACGGUUGGCUCUCGGUCCUUUCCAGUCUACCUCGUCCAUCGAGCUUCUUCUACCAGAAGGCGCAGAAUAUCAAGAAUGCAGCCUACAAAUUUACAGCCAACGCAACGGAAGGUGGGCGUAUCAUUCCUCCACCUCCCAAGGACGACGAUUUGCAGUUGCGAAUCGACGCAGGUCGUUAUAAUCCGGAGACUCAUAAACUUAAUGUGGUCUUGCAAGUCAAUAGAGAAGCAAAAAGUCCAGAAUUGAAGGACUGCGCCAAGUAA